AUGGACUGGGCACGACCAGAGCCAGCGCUGAUACGCUCGACAUGGCGCGAACUUCUCGCGGACCCGUCGAUCUCCCUCAACCAGCUCAAGCGGACAGCCUUCCGAGGGAAGAUCACCAUCCUCAGAUCAGUCUACUGGAGGAUUUUCCUUGGACAGCUACCCACACCACCACCUCAACCCAAGCUAUCCAAUCCCAGCAGCUGGACGUUCGGCUUGGAAAGAUCUAGAGCAGAUUGGGAAAUCCUUCGCAAGAAAUUCCUAAGAGCCCCAGAUGGGCUAUGGUUAGAGGAUUCGAUCCCAGAUCAUCAGAUUCGGGCCCAUCAAGCCCUCUCCACUCAGCCCCCAUCUGCCGAUUCUCAACUCACAGAUCUUGGCGUAAAUAACCCGCUGAGUCAACACGAGGAUAACCCUUGGCAUGUGUGGCUACGCGACCUCGAGUUACGCAAAACAAUCAAGCAAGAUGUCAUUCGAACCUUUCCCGAACUCAGCUACUUUCGACAAUCGCGCACACAAGUCAUGCUCGUCAACAUCCUUCACGUCUACUGUAAACUUCAUCAAGAUCUUGGAUACCGACAAGGAAUGCAUGAGAUCCUCGGGCUCCUAUUGGAAACACUCGACUUGGAUUCAUUAGAACCUCCUCGUGAAGAAAACCCCGACUUGAUACAUCAAGUCCUAUCCAGAGAUCACCUAGAACAUGAUGCCUUCAGCCUCUUCUCACUGCUCAUGCGGCCGAUGAAAAGUUGGUACGACCCUAACCUGUCCAUACCGCUCCAAGAUCUUCCUAACAGCCAGACCACACCAUUGACGUCGGUCGGCUUCGUGCCAUCUCAACUUGCUAUGAUCCAUCCAGCCGCCCCCAACACCACCUCUGCUGAUGAUUCGCUAGUCCAUCCCAUCGUUGAUAAAUGUGCCUCAAUCUUCCACGUCUAUCUUAAGCAUGCCGAUCCAGAACUGUGGGCUCACCUCGAAAAGCUGGACAUCGAGCCCCAGCUGUGGGGGAUCCGGUGGUUGAGGCUGCUGUUCACGAGAGAGUUCACUUAUCAAGAGAGCUUAUUACUGUGGGACGGCAUCUUCGCGCAAGACGGAAAUUCACUACGAUUAGCAGGCUUUGUCUGCAUUGCCAUGUUGCUGCGAAUACGCGAUGGUCUUCUAGAAUCAGACUACAGUGGCGCAUUACAGCUGAUACUCAGGUUCCCUCGGCCGGCAGAUGGGGAUUCGAAGAUCGACUUAUUACUCUACCAAGCUAUCUUACUUGACCAAUUCCCGACCCCCGAGACAGUUCUGUCAAUCACCCGGCAAAAUCUCGAUUUGCAGCUGUUUGCGGGCGAACAUUCCUCGGCUUCAGAAUCAGAUUCUUGGUUUAGCAUGAGACGCAAACCCGCCCCAGCAUCAUCAACGCUCACUCAACCUCGAGACAUAUCAAGUCGCAAUCAGCAACCUACACCGCUUCAGCAAUCAUCUGAUCCGAUCAAUGCUAGCAAAGCUAACCCGCCCAGCGCUUCACAACACGCACCAAUCGGCCCCAAGAAGGCGCAAUCGUUAUCGAAAAGUAAGAGCUUCUUGGGUGCACUAGUCGAUCUGCGGAAGAGCUACUCUCCAACCAUCCCGCUGGACAGCCUUCUAGUCUCAGAGUCACCAGCAUCGUCUACGGCCGCUCCCCUCCAAUCACCGCUAAAUUUGAUGAACACUUUCAGCCCAACGAUCGCCAAACAGAACUCCAGCCUUGGUUUCAAAUCCCAACAUACCCAGUGUCUGGCCAACCAAGAAGUUGGCCAAGCGCUCGGUUUAUGUGUCGAUGCACUCGAGCAAAACCUGUUCAAAGUGUCUUAUCAGCCGGUGGAUUCUAGCCAAGGCCUCGCAUUAGGCGCUCUCAAACAUAUCCGGGAUGUGAUGCUGUCAGGCUUCAGCUCGAGUUUCGACUCGAACGUGAUGAGUCCAUUGAUCGAGUAUCAGUCUGCUACCACCCAUCUCGCCUCCGAUCAUCAACCGCUCCUCGACCACUCCGUCUCCGACUCUUCCUUGCUCACAUCCAGUCCUUCUCCUGCCACCGAUUGCCCCUCUCGAUCCACGACCAUCGACUCGCCCGAAUUGACCUUCAAUCAAUCUACCUCCGAAGGCAGUCUGGACUCGAUCCCAUUCACACACUCUAGCUCGACGGUGUUGCCCACAGAGUCGCCCUCAUCAUGGGUGUCCAUGGACGACGAGGGAAGACAAAGACGGACGGCAGGGAAGAAGAAAGAAGCGGAUGACGGUGUGGAGGCGAAAGAAGGGGAAGGGAGCGGAUCGGUGGACAAGAAUAAGCCGGAGGUCCAGCCCCUCUCGCCGUCGAUCUUCGGCACCAAGCUGUGGAUCCACGCCAACAACCCAUCCUCGAACCCCCUCGCCUCCCACCACCACCACCAUCAUCAUCCCUUCUCUAGUUCUCUGAGUCGUAGCAAGAGUCGCGCCGUCGAUCUUCUUCCUAUUUCCGGUCUCCCCUCUGAAGACGAACGCUUCGAAAGCUUGAUGUUGGUCGAAAGUCGCCAUCUCUCGUUCAAAUAA